AUGCCUCAACAGGCAUUGUCUGAAAAAUCAGCGUCUUCUAUCAUCCGUAGUGAAUUAAGACUCGAUGGUAAUCCUGACCUCAAUUUAGCUUCAUUUGUUACCACCGAAAUUGACGAUGAAUGUCAUAAUUUAAUGGUCGAGAAUUUGAACAAGAAUUUAGCUGAUACAAGUCAAUAUGCGCACAGUAGUGAACUUCAAGAUCGUUGUAUCAACAUCUUAGCUAAUUUGUUUCAUGCACCUCCAAACGACGAAGGUGGAGCAGUCGGAACAGCCACUAUUGGUUCAAGUGAAGCAAUUAUGUUAGGUGGCUUAGCUCUUAAAUGGCGUUGGCGUACCAAACAAGCUGAAAAACAAGGAAAGAAGCCAGAAGAAGUGACUACUCGAUGCAAUCUGAUAUUCAGUGCUGCUGUACAUGUCUCCGUUUUAAAACUAUGCCGAUACUUUGAUAUUGAUGCUCGGAUUAUUCCUUUGGAACACGAUUGUUACACGCUGAAUAUUGAUCAAGUCAUCGCUCAAUGUGAUGAAAAUACAUGUGGUGUACUAGCUAUUCUCGGCACUACACUGACAGGUGAAUUUGAAGACAUCAAACGAUUAAACAUUGCAUUGUUAAAAUUGAAGAAUGAGAAUGGUUUAGACAUUCCUAUCCAUGUUGAUGGUGCUUCAGGUGCCAUGGUCGCUCCUUUCGUUUUUCCAGAGAUCGAAUGGGACUUUAGAUUGGAACAAGUUCGAUCGAUUAAUACUAGCGGUCACAAAUACGGACUAGUAUUACCAGGUUUGGGCUGGAUUGUUUGGCGGCGCAAAGAAGAUCUUCCUGAAGACUUAAUCUUUCACGUUAAUUACUUAGGCGUCGAUGAACCAACAUUCAAUCUCAAUUUCUCCCGCUCUGCUGCCAAUGUAAUUGGACAAUACUACCAGUUUCUCCGAUUGGGCGUUCAAGGUUACAGAAAAAUCAUGGAACUGGCAGUGGACAACGCUAAAUAUUUAGCUGAUUCGUUAACAUCAAUGAGUGAGUGA